GUAAACGAGAAAACUCAUGCUGAAUAAAGUGAACGAGGCGUUGCACCGGCGGGGUAGUGGGCGGCGAAAGCGGUUGAUUGAUGAUUAGAUUUACGGUGUGGAUCACGGCGGGGAGAGAGGAUGACUCACUCCGUCUGAUGUGAUGUUCACCCCGCAACAGCUCGGCAGUGCGGUGGCACGCCGAUAGUUGAGCCUGACAUCUCGGGCUGGCUCCACCAAUAGAAGCCAAAGUUUACCAAACUGUGAGGAUGCGUUUGGAUGCCCGUGAGAUGCGCCGUUAGUUUCAAACUUGAGUGGCUGUCACUUGGUAGUUGGAGAGACACGGAGCGUCGUGAUUUACCGUAAAUUUCGUGACGCCUGAUUGCCAUGGAAACAGUGCUCCUGCGCUGAGAGGAAACUGUCCGCGUUAACUUCAGCGCCAACCUUUCCACCGGGGUCGGAUAAAAAAACCCUCGUUGUUUAUUUUUCUUUUGCCCGUGCUUACUUUCUGCAGAAAAUUCACCACAAACAGGGAAGGACGAUGGAGCUUCAAACAGAGAAGAGGUUCCAAUAUCUGACCCUUGAGCAAGUUCAGGCUCUUGACAAAGUCUUGACUGAGAUAAUCCCUAUCCAUGGACGAGGGAAUUUCCCUACGCUGCAGGUGAGAGCUAAAGACAUCAUUCGUGUGGUGAAAGAUCGGUUGGUGGAAAGAGACAUCCAGGUUAAAGACGUACGCCUUAAUGGAGCGACUGCCAGCCAUGUCCUUGUGAGAGAUAAUGGCCUGGGGUACAGGGACCUGGACAUCAUUUUUGGAGUAGAGCUUCCCCGGCAAGAGGACUUCCAGGUGAUAAAGGAGGUGGUGCUUGGCAGCUUACGAGACCUCCUCCCUUGUGGGGUUAACAGGCGGAAGAUCACGUGCCUGACGAUGAAGGAGGCCUACGUGCAAAAGAUGGUGAAAGUUUUCAAUGAGCACGACAGGUGGAGCCUCAUUUCGCUUUCAAACAACAAAGCUAAAACCGUGGAGCUCAGAUUCGUUAGCGCCCUUCGAAGGCAGUUUGAAUUCAGCGUGGACUCCUUCCAGAUAAUAUUAGAUCGUAUGCUGGAGUCCUACUGGGAGAGUGAAAGGAAGCAAGGAGGAAAGCUGCCACUGAACGCUGGGAAUUUGUCUAAAAGAGACAAGAAAGAUGAAAACAAAGAGCAAGAGCAAUCAAGCAGUCCUCAGGGCGUUGAAGGAGAUAUUGAAAAAGAUUCCACAAUGGCAACCGGCGCAGAAGGUCCACGCCAGGACGAAGCAGUCUCUCAUUUUGCUGAGAAAGAACUCCCAUGUGCGGAGGUUAAGCAUGUGGAUGGAAAAGCGGAACAGAUGUUAGAACCCAAUAGAACUGACAUACAGCAUGAACAAGAGGAAGUGGAUGGCAUUGAGGAUGUGCAUUCAGAGGAGGAAAUUGUGUUUGAGCUUUGUGAAGAAAAUGCAGAAGAGAAAGGAAAGUUUCACAGCGAUUAUCCUUUAGUUGCAUCCCCUAAAACUUUAUUUACAGACAUCGUAAAUCCUGUGACAGCAGCUUGUUUAAAGCCACAGAGUAAUGAAGAACUACGUGAGUUACAAACUUCUGAGUCUGUGCCUACAACAAACACUGAAAAGUCAGCUCCAAAAGAGAUAGCCCACUGUGAAGAAAUUACUCAGUUUAAAGUAGGCCCAGUGCUCUGCAGGACUGAAAAUACCCCAAGUCUUCAAGACUCGCACCUUGAGUUCUCCUUUCCUCCUCCAGCUAAAAAAACUUGCAACACAUCACAGGACAUUGUGCCUGAACCCUGUCCCUCACCAAAAUUACAGAGGAAAAUGUCUCGAAAGUUGAUCAGCAAGCCUGAGAAGUGGUCUUUACUGACUGACUUGUCAGACCUUACAACGCAGCUGUUCCCACCCAUAGAAAUACCAAAACCACUUCAACCUAAACCUCCUUUGCUGGAGAGCACACAAGUUCCUAGCUCAAAAGUACCAGAAUCCACGUCAGAGAACUCUGAAGACAGAGACACCGUUAGAGUUCCCACACUGUGUCCAAGUCCAGCCACUACACCUCAGGAAGGGACUAGCUCCAGUCAAACUGUGGAGCAAUCGGUUAAGCCGAAACACUCGAAGAAGCCUCCUGAUUCAAAGGCUCAAAAUCACGCAUGUGAAGCUGACAAAGCCUCACGAGUAAAUGAGCAAAAACCCGAGCAGCCAGACAUGGCCCCGAGCUCAUGGACGGGGAUGUCAGGGGAGCCCACCAUCACUGUAGAGGCAGAGUGUAUGUAUGGAGACUUUGAGCAGGCAAUGGACCACCUCCGCCACCGCCUCAUUGCCACGCACAACCCAGAGGAGAUCCGAGGAGGGGGCCUGCUGAAAUACAGUGACCUGUUGGUGAGGAACUUCAGGCCGGCCAGCGAGACAGAGAUCAAGUCUUUGGAGAGAUACAUGUGCUCCCGCUUCUUCAUCGACUUCCCGGACGUAAGCGAGCAGCAGAGGAAGAUUGAGGCCUACUUGCAGUGCCAUUUCGUUGGCAGUGAAGAGACAAGCAAGUACGACUAUUUGAUGACCCUGAGGCGUGUGAUAGAUGAGAGCACGGUUUGUCUGAUGGGACACGAGAGGAGACAGACGCUCAACAUGAUCACAGUCCUGGCUCUGAGGGUGCUGGGUGAACAGAACGCCAUCCCCAACACGGCCAACGUCACCUGCUUCUAUCAGCCGGCCCCUUACAUGACAGAGCCAAUUUACAACAGCUACUUCAUCACUCAAGCCCAGCCCCCGCUCGUCUACCACCCUUACCCUCUACAUGUCCACAUGCAGACUGGCCUGGUGUAGCACAGGUACACUGACAUGCCCACUGGGAGGCAUGCGGGCUGCUAUUAGCAUGGUGCUCUGCAAACAGACGCACAAAUGGAAGUUUUAGCAACAACAGGCAACCACAGGCGCAGUGUUGUUUAAUGUUUGAAAUCCCUCCUGCUUUAUGACAUGAAAGAUAAUGAAAGGUCACACCUGAAAGGGAUCUGGAAGCAAAGCACGUCACCCUUUCAAGAUGAACACUUUUGAAAAGGAAAGAAUCGUUAGGAGCUCACAUUUCAGAGAGAUUGGAGAGAGGAUUUUAUUGAAGAUGAGGGACUUUGUUUAUGGCCGCUUCGGCUGGGUUUUGGCAGGAAUCUGUGCUGAUCACCCUCCACCGUUGAGGAGAAUGUUGUGAUGAUAAUUCUUUAUGGCUAGACAGUAAACUUCUCUAACAUUUAAAACAUAAUCAAUGACACAAAUCUUACUUUGGAUGAAGUUUGAGUCAGUUUGAAUCCUUGACAUAUCUGAGGGGUUAAAACCCUUUUAGCUGUUUUGUGAAUCACCAGUCUGUAAGGUAACGUUUAACAUCUGGCUAUAUCUGUGUGUAUCUGUAUAGAAAUAGGACCCCAUUUACUGAGGGAACACAUUAGAUACAAUCUUGUGUGGUGUUUCAGUGAAAUUAUUAGUUCUGUAUUUGUGAAUGUAAACACUCAAAUGUAAGGGCGUGAAUAGGUCCAGCUUCAUUAGGGACUGUUCACAAUACUGGCACAAAAAUAGACAGACAGACAGACGGAGGGGCAUUGACCUAGGGCGUCCAGACUGAAAAUGAGGAAAAACAGUAUCACAUAGUUGAAAUCAACUAACAUGACAAUUGCGUGUUUUAUCCUCUCUUCCUUAACCCCCUUCACUUCCGUAAUGUUCACAAUGUGACGUUGACCAGUAGGAGUCUACUUAGCUUUUCAACACACAAAAUGGCAAAAUAAAGAAGAUGCUAAAGGAUAUAUAACCAUAUGAUCGUCUGAUAGAAAUGGACUGAGACAGUUUUAUAGGAUGUUUGCCCUUACAACAGCCACACUCAUUCAUACCAUUGUUUUUUUUUACAUUUUGGCCAGUAUUGUGUAGUCUGAACCUGACCUAAUAAACGUAGAAUCUGCUUCACUGUGGGUGUAGUUUGAUCACAUUUUAUCAGUAGACCAGAAUAAGCAAACCACCCACUCACAACAGAUAUUAAUUCAAAUAUUUCUAAAUUGUGAUUGGUUCACAAUACCAACUUUAAAAAAAAAACAAAAAAAAACGCCCA